GGUCUCCUUUAUUAUUCAUAUGCAACAAAAUCAAAAGUGUGUCCGCACUCGGUUAAUGUUCAUUCCAAUCGAGAUCUCCUCCAUCUCCUUUGUUCUUCCCGUUCGAUGCAUUGAGAUCGUUUCCAUUUCAUUGUUCAACGUUAUUCUACAUAGUGAGGUUACAUAAAACAUUUCUUCAUUAUCCUUUGAACGUGUUUGUGUGAUUCCCUUUUUCCCACACUCUAUAUCCAAGUGUUAUUUAUCUAUUAUAGACUGUUGUAGUCGGACAUAUCACUAUCAAAUCUUCAUAUUGAAGCCCGAGCCUCGAUUCACUCCAAGCCCCUCACAUCAAUACAUGCAGGAAAGUGGCAAUGAUCACCACCAAAGGAAAGAAUACGGUAGUAAAGUAUGCACCCUUUAGAGGGACCACGGACGAAGAGGCGAAAGAGCACUAUGCGAAACGUCCCAGAAAUCAGGAUCUCUUGUUAUGCAUUAAUUGCGGAUAUACCGCUUAUCACGCGUGGGGUUGCUACUACCUCAGCCAUGUUAAUAUUAUGUACGAAGCCGGAACUAGGGGUGUAUGGUCAAUUGGUGAAGAAUACCUUUUGAAAGAGCUGGCCAUUGAAGAAGAGAUAUGGGGGGAACAAAGCUGGCUAGGCCCUGAAUAUGCAAUAACACGUUUCUUGGAGGCAAACUCAAAGAUCCCUGUGGUUAAAUAUGUGAAGCAUUGGACGGAUAGUGAAAGUCAUUUCUUUUUUAUGAAGAGGAUUCCGGGUGAAUCGUUGUAUAAUAUGUUUUACGAUGGAAUUACACGCGCAGAUUUAUUAGUCCUUGCUGAAGAAGCCGCGGAUUAUCUUGUGGAACUACGUUCAUUUACAUCAGAUAAACUAGAAGCUCCAGGUGGUGAUCCGGUAAGAGAUAAGAAAUUCAAUCCUCAACAUCCCCCACAUUUUUGGACGUCUGAUGUGGACAAAUGGUGGGCUGGAGUGGAACCGCACAUUAAGGAUAAAUCUAAAAAGGGCAUUCUAAAGGAAAAAUAUGGCCUCUGUGUCAAGCCUGAAGGACCUUUUGUGCUCUCGCAUGGGGAUCUAAACGCGCAGAAUAUCAUUGUGAAAGAUAACCAUAUUAGUGGGAUCAUCGACUGGGAGCGUGGGGGGUAUCUUCCAGUAUGGUGGGAAUGGAGACAACUGACUAGGGUCCAAAUGAGUGGCUGGGGCAACGCGGUCAUAGAAGCGUUAGGAAGGAGAAACGCACUGCCCUCGGAAGAAGAGAUGACUCUAUGGAAAAGUUUUUACAAUAUUUUUUACGACGCCUAUGAAGACAAAACCGGGGUCCAUCGUAAUCCUAAAUGGAAAACAAACGAUAGAGAGUUUUAUUGGACCCAGCCAAGUUAUCCCCAUUAUCGUGCAGAAGAGAAACCUUGGGAUUGUGAAGAUAUUGCGAAACGCAACAGAGAAGGCAUAGAGAAGAUAGAAGCAGAAAAGAAGGCGAUCGAGGAUAGGAUAAAGACGGCAGAGGACAGAGCCAAGGUGGCAGAGGAAAAGCUUGCUGAAAAUGAGACGAUAGUGGCAGAAUUCAACAAGCUGAGCGUGGAAGAGAGAGAAAAUUUGAAGAGAAGAAAGUAGUCAGAGUCAUAAUCAACAUCCAACA